AUGGCUUCCGGGGGCAGGGAUCCGWGGUCCGGUGACGUGGAAGAGGAUGCCUCACAGCUUGUCUUUCCCAAAGAGUUUGAAACAGCGGAGACUCUUCUAAAUUCAGAAGUUCAUAUGCUUCUGGAGCAUCGAAAGCAACAAAGUGAGAGUGCAGAGGAUGAGCAGGAAUUCUCAGACGUCUACAUGAAAACUUUAAAGUACACUUCCCGGUUCAGUCAUUUCAAAAACAAAGAGACCAUUACAAGUGUCCGCAGCUUGCUGCGCCAGAAAAAGCUCCACAAGUUUGARUUGGCCUGUUUGGCCAACCUUUGCCCAGAGACUGCRGAGGAGUCCAAGACUCUGAUUCCAAGCCUKCGGGCGCGAUUUGAAGAUGAGGAACUGCAGCAGAUUCUUGAUUCUAUCCAGACAAAGCUCAGUUUUCAGUAUUAA